UACCGCGCACUCUAUCAGCUGAUUCAUAUAUUGUGUACUUAAAUCUGAUCUUUGUGUUAUUUGUUUUUGGACUGGGAAAAAAAUGUGGCAAUUGUGGAUUUUCUUUUCUGUGUCAGUUGUCUCCCAAUAUAUAAAUGGAAAUACAGUGCGAGACGCUUUAACUGAGCAAAAGGUCCUGGGGAACAUCAGACCGAUAUUGGACAGUUACCUAGACGACCGUAUGGAACGUCAACAGACCAGUCUGGUAGCAAUGUGUAAAGAAAUGAUCAACCAUUCAGAAAUGAAAAUGAACACGAAAAUGGAGACUAUCUUAAAAGGAAGCAAGGGAGCAGUUUUCACAAGAUGGGGAAGGGAAGAUUGUCCUGCUAAUCAAACAUCUAUUGUAUAUACAGGGUAUGCCGGUGGCUCAUUCUACGAACACACUGGAGCUGCCUCGGACUAUGUCUGUAUGCCCCACGAACCAGUGUGGGGACCACAUCGUGAUUUUUCUUAUACUAAUAACGACAUUGCCUUCAUGUUCGGUGCCGAGUAUCAGUCACCGGGAGAAUUGUUUGGAAAAUCUACUUGGAGUGACGACGUACCAUGUGCUGUUUGUAUUGGUGAUCAGUACACCACCUCCAUCAUGAUCCCUGGCAGAAUCAGUUGCUACCCCGGAUGGACAGAGGCGUACCAUGGUAACCUGGCAGCUGGUGCUCAUAAUCACAAGGCAGCAUCGCAGUACGCAUGCGUUGAUCAGGAACCGCAAAUAUCUAAAGCCGGAGUGAAUGAUAAUGGUAAAUUGUUUUAUGGUGUCAAAGCGAAAUGUGGGUCACUGCCCUGCCCACCGUAUGUUGAUAACAAAUUUCUUCCCUGUGUAGUUUGUAUGAAAUGAUUGUAAAUAAAGAUACAUUAAUUUGGAAACAAGAAAAUAGAUAUAAAUGGAAGAAUAUAAUCAUAUCCACUGACAAAAAUACAGUAUCGCUGUUUCUAACAGUAUGUGAUGGACGGUUUUUCUUUCCAUGUGUUUCGUUUCAGCUUCACUUAUUCAAAUUAUGUGAACCUUGAGAAGGAGGUAAACAAUGUUUAAUGAGAUAAAACGAUUAAAAAUUUGAAAGUGA